AUUCCGUUCAACCAGGAAGGAUGACGUCUAAACCUAAACCAAUUAGGAAUGCUAAUCCACUAGAGGCCAGAUUUGCAAACUGCUCCCCAAUCUGGAGAGAACAGCCUGUGUGGCCCAAAGGCCCUGGAGAAAGAGUAGCUUUACAUCGACAUUUGCAUUCAUCACAUCCUGGAGGUCGGUGUUCUUUUCCUGAUGUCCGUCCCCGUUCUUCUUUAGAGUGGGUGACCACCCCCAUCACUGUGGCAGCCCAUGGCGGAGGACAAACGAAAGCUGCUACUUUCUCAUCUACCUUCCAUCUGGUAGACCUAGGCCUAAUCCCUGGGACAAGGAUGGCGGGUGCAAAGGCUGUCACAGGCCCCAGCACCUCCCUCCGCCUGGCACAACGCACUGAAGUCAGCAGUAUUAUGGUGAAUCCUCCCUUCUAUCAGGUGUCCUGCUGUGGGCCUGUUCCCUGUACCUGCUGCUGCCAUUCUAGGUGCCCCCUUGUCACAGAAUCUACUUGUAGCCGCCUGUUCUACAUCCUCCUCCAUCUGGGGUCCUCAGCAGUCUGCUGCCUCCUGCUGUCAAAGAGAGUAGUGGAAAAGGUCUGGGGGAAGGAACAUGGGGUAAGUGAGAGGGUUCGGGUUGCCAACAGGAAAAGGAGAAAAAGAAGAAACCCUCAGACAAAAGAUUCAGACUGGGGGUAAGGGACAAGUGAAUGGAUAUACCCAUGAGAAACAGGUACCUCUCUAUACAUGAUGAUUUGCCCUGCCAUUUCUCACAUGCACUCUCCCUCCAGAUCCAGAUGCCCUCAGGGUUGUGUGCCCAUCUGUUUGGCCACCCUCAUUGCCCAGUGC